GGCGUUCGUAUAGUUUUAGACCCCCCUGCAGCCCCGGGGGCCGCAUUGAAGGGAGACCAGACUGCCGUAAAGGAGCUCCCGCCGGGUCGCUGACAGGCCGGGCCCGGGGCCUCCUCACACCUACACCCGCCGGGGGGAGACAAGGAGGGGCCCCGGGGCCGAGUGUGAGCGAACAGCCGCCAACAUGUCGAACCUAGGGAAAAGCACCGGCAGCCGGAAGGAUACCAAGAUGAGGAUCCGAGCCUUCCCGAUGACUAUGGAUGAAAAAUAUGUGAAUAGCAUUUGGGAUCUCCUAAAGAAUGCCAUUCAAGAGAUUCAGCGUAAAAAUAACAGCGGGUUAAGCUUUGAAGAACUUUAUAGGAAUGCAUAUACUAUGGUGCUCCAUAAACAUGGGGAGAAGCUGUACACAGGACUGAGAGAAGUUGUAACUGAACAUCUCAUAAAUAAGGUGCGAGAAGAUGUUUUAAAUUCUUUAAAUAACAACUUUUUGCAAACUCUCAAUCAAGCUUGGAAUGACCAUCAGACUGCUAUGGUAAUGAUUAGAGAUAUCCUCAUGUAUAUGGAUAGGGUUUAUGUUCAGCAGAACAACGUUGAAAAUGUCUAUAAUUUGGGGUUAAUAAUAUUUCGCGAUCAAGUGGUGCGCUAUGGCUGCAUAAGAGACCACCUACGGCAGACGUUGCUCGAUAUGAUCGCAAGAGAGCGAAAGGGAGAAGUGGUGGACAGAGGUGCCAUCAGAAACGCUUGUCAGAUGUUAAUGAUUCUUGGUCUGGAAGGAAGGUCUGUCUAUGAGGAGGAUUUUGAGGCUCCGUUUUUGGAAAUGUCUGCAGAAUUUUUCCAGAUGGAAAGCCAGAAAUUUUUAGCUGAAAACAGUGCGUCGGUGUACAUUAAAAAAGUAGAGGCUAGGAUAAAUGAAGAAAUUGAGAGAGUCAUGCACUGUUUAGACAAAUCGACAGAAGAGCCUAUUGUGAAAGUUGUGGAGAGGGAGCUCAUUUCUAAGCACAUGAAGACCAUUGUGGAGAUGGAGAACUCAGGGCUAGUUCAUAUGCUAAAGAAUGGCAAGACUGAAGAUCUUGCAUGUAUGUACAAGUUGUUUAGCAGAGUUCCAAAUGGCUUGAAAACCAUGUGUGAAUGUAUGAGUCUGUACCUGAGGGAACAAGGGAAAGCUCUUGUAUCUGAAGAGGGAGAAGGAAAGAACCCAGUUGAUUAUAUCCAGGGGCUUCUUGACUUGAAGAGCCGGUUUGAUCGCUUCCUCCAAGAAUCUUUCAGUAAUGACCGUCUUUUUAAACAAACCAUUGCUGGAGACUUUGAGUAUUUCCUCAAUCUCAACUCCAGAUCCCCAGAGUACCUCUCCUUAUUUAUUGAUGACAAACUGAAAAAAGGAGUUAAAGGACUAACAGAACAGGAAGUAGAGUCAAUUUUGGACAAGGCAAUGGUUCUCUUUAGAUUCAUGCAAGAGAAAGAUGUGUUUGAGCGUUACUAUAAACAACAUUUGGCCAGAAGGCUCCUCACCAACAAGAGUGUUUCUGAUGACUCUGAAAAAAAUAUGAUUUCAAAGUUAAAGACCGAAUGUGGUUGUCAGUUCACGUCCAAGCUGGAAGGCAUGUUCAGAGACAUGAGCAUCUCAAACACAACCAUGGAUGAAUUCAGGCAACAUUUGCAGACUACAGGGGUCUCUUUAGGAGGCGUAGAUCUCACAGUAAGAGUGCUUACCACUGGCUAUUGGCCUACACAGUCUGCCACACCAAAGUGUAAUAUCCCACCUGCCCCCAGACACGCUUUUGAAAUCUUUAGAAGGUUUUAUCUUGCAAAACACAGUGGUCGUCAACUUACAUUGCAACAUCACAUGGGGUCUGCAGAUCUUAAUGCUACAUUUUAUGGACCUGUGAAAAAGGAGGAUGGUUCUGAAGUUGGUGUUGGAGGUGCCCAAGUCACUGGUUCUAACACUCGAAAGCACAUCUUGCAAGUCUCUACCUUCCAAAUGACCAUACUCAUGCUGUUCAACAACAGGGAAAAAUACACUUUUGAAGAAAUACAGCAGGAGACAGACAUCCCAGAACGAGAGCUUGUGAGGGCAUUGCAGUCUCUGGCUUGCGGGAAGCCCACCCAACGUGUUCUUACAAAGGAGCCUAAAUCAAAAGAGAUUGAAAGUGGCCACAUGUUCACAGUCAAUGAUCAGUUCACUUCCAAAUUGCACAGAGUUAAGAUCCAGACAGUGGCUGCUAAGCAAGGGGAAUCUGACCCUGAACGCAAAGAGACGAGGCAAAAAGUUGAUGAUGACAGAAAGCACGAGAUAGAAGCUGCCAUAGUUCGGAUAAUGAAAUCUAGAAAGAAAAUGCAACACAAUGUCUUAGUAGCAGAGGUAACACAGCAGCUGAAAGCACGAUUCCUUCCAAGCCCAGUUGUUAUUAAAAAACGCAUUGAAGGACUUAUUGAACGAGAAUAUUUAGCAAGAACGCCUGAAGAUCGCAAAGUAUACACCUAUGUAGCAUAGAAAAAAUGCGUCCUAUUAAUUGAUUUAUUCUUGGACUACAUACCCCUUCGCAUGAACUGGGAAGUUCUUUUAAAAAACAAAAAAACAUCAAAACAAAAAACGUUACACGUUUACAAACGCCAUCUCCUAUAUAAUUACAGUACGUGUUCUAAAACAUGCACAGGAAGCCUACGCGAAUUCUCAACGUUAAACUCCCUUGGGGCCUUUGAACCAUUACUCUUGUAGAUAAUCCUUCACACAGUUCUUUUGGGGAAUUGUGAACAUCCAUCUUUUUUUUUUUUUUUUUUUCUUUCUUCCCCCUUCUGUAUAAUACUGUAUGGAAACACCAAGAAACAACAUGAGAAAAUGAAACUUAAUUUAGAAGUGAAGUUAAUAAAAUUGUUGGGAUUUUAUUCCCUCCCCCAAA